UGUACAUACGACUUCAGCAGCGAACGAAGGUCAAGAGGUCAGUUCUUCAGCCCCAAGUAUCCCCAAAACUACCCACCGAACUCCAAUUGUAAAUAUUAUUUUCAUGCCAAACCAUACGAAAAGGUUGCCUUGAUUUUUGAAAACAUUCAACUUGAAUACAUCGAAGGGAGGUUGGUUUGCGAAAACAACCCCGACCGAAUAAUCAUAAAAGAUGGUUUUGAACCAGCAUCACCUGUGAUAACUCAAUUCUGCAACAGCAGCCACUUCCACGAAGUAACUUCUUCAGGGAGUAAGAUGGCCGUAGAGUUUAUAUCAGACUUCCGCAAACAAUUCCAAGGAUUUGCCGCUUCCUACCGCUUCAUAUCACCAACGUUCCCCAUCCACAACCUGCAGCAGUCGACUUGCGACCAGCACAUCACUAGCUCGCAUCCAGAGCCUCAUGAAAUCACAUCGCCCGGCUACCCGAACAGCUAUCCCUCCACUCCAACCAUGUGUCACUACGUCAUCGAAGGUGAAAGUCGCCAGCGAAUUCAACUGACAUUCACUGAAAUUGACCUCCAUCCUAGCGAUGACAAAAUGCCAGCGGAAAACGAGUUAUGCGAGGAGACAGACAUCGUAACUAUCCAUUCUUUCAUCGACCACAGCAGUGAAGUUAUGAAGACUUACUGCGGUAGGAAAAACUCGACGAAGGCCUUCAUGAGCAGCAACAACAGGCUGGAGGUCGUAUUCACAACGAGGCCUAGAGAAUCGAACGAACUUAUCAACUCCAGAGGGUUCAAAGCUACCUACGCUUUUGUUACAAAUUACGGUAUUCACUACGGAAUACAAGAGAGAGACCUAAGUUGCUCCUUUUCCUACCACAGCGACAUCAGCGCCACGGGCAACUUCACCUCUCCGAACUACCCAGGCCUCUAUCCGCACAUAACCGAAUGCCACUUCCUUUUCUAUGGCAGACAGCACGAAGUCAUCCAGAUCACCUUCGAAACUUUUGACGUAGAAGGCGUCCAAAAUGAGUAA